UUAAUUAUUAAAAUUAUUUAACAAUGAAGAAAAUAUUGUUUAUUGAAUUUUUAAUUUGUGCAAUAAUUAGCUUGACAAAUGCCAAGAGUUUUCAAGAGCGUAUAAUUAAUGGUAUCAUUGGUGACUAUGGUGAAUUUCCAUAUCAAGUAUCAAUAAGAAAAAUUGGAAGAAGAGAAGGACAUACGUCGUCUCAUUGUUCGGGUGUAAUAAUAAGUAACAGACAUAUAUUAACAGCUGGUCAUUGUAUAAGUUUUAUUGAUACAAUAAAAAAUCCAGCUAAGGAAUUAGUUAUUGUUGUUGGUACGAAUGCCAUGGUACCAGGUUCUGGAAUAACAUGUGCUAUCAAAUCAGUUACACCUCAUCCGAAAUUUACUGGAACAUUCAAUGACUCGAUGAUGCAUGACAUUGGAAUAAUAACUCUUGAAAAAGAACUAGUUUUUAGUCCACUUUUGAGUGCUGUUAAAUUACCUGAACGGGAUGGAUUGCCAGAUGAAAUUGCCAUGGCAAGUGGCUGGGGAAUAUUGUCAUAUCCAAAUGGAUUAAAUCCAAUUAACAUUAUGAAAACACAAAUGACUAUUAUUUCAUCAAAAAAAUGUCAGGAUUUAAUGGGUUUCGAUAUUCUUGAUGGACAAAUGUGUGCAUUUUCUAAAAAAGGAACUGGACUUUGUAAUGGUGACAGUGGUGGACCACUUGUUAAAAAUGGUGAAGUUAUUGGCAUUGCUUCUUAUGUUAUACCAUGUGCUCAAAAUGUUCCAGAUGUUUACAGUCGUGUUUAUUACUACAAUAGCUGGAUUAAAAGUAUAAUUUCAAAAUACUAAAUAUCUUAUUUUACAUGUAAACUAUAUAAAUGAAUUAAAUUU